GACCAUGCGGCAGAAUUAGGGAAUGUGAUUCCAGACAAGCCUCUGCUAUUCCUCAAACCACCAUCAAGCUAUAUUUUAGAAGGGCAAAAGAUAGAGAUUCCUUUAGGAUGCCAUGUGCUACAUCAUGAAAUAGAAUUGGGAGUUGUCAUUGGCUCAAAAUGCUCUCGAGUACCAGAACACCAAGCAACACAGCAUAUAGGUGGUUAUGUUCUAGCUUUGGAUAUGACUGCUAGAGACUUCCAGGAUGAAGCCAAGAAAAAAAGUGCACCAUGGUCAUUAGCAAAAGGAUUUGAUACUUCCUGCCCUGUUAGUCGAUUUCUCAGUCAAGAUGAGGUGAAGAAUCCUUCCUCUGAGAGGCUUUGGUGCACUGUAAAUGGAGUUAUGAAACAGGAAGGGACAACAAAGGAUAUGAUCUUUCCCAUCCAGAAACUUAUCUCUUACAUCAGUGAUUACUUUACUCUUGAAGAAGGAGACCUUAUUCUCACAGGAACUCCUGCUGGUGUGGGCCCUGUGCAAUCUGGAGAUAUCAUUGAAGGUGGCUUGGGUGAUAUCAUAAAAUUCAAGUUC